AUGGGCUCGGGGCGCGGAGAAACUCCCUCCACAUCCAUCUCCAUCUUCCCAUUCACUGGAGGGCAAGACAAAAGCGGAGCGCAGACUUGGCAGCGGCGCCCGGCGGCGGCUCAGCUGCCCGCGGCACGCAUGGCUCGCCGAGGAGGGGCCGCCUCUCGCGCGCCCUCCCUCCCGCCGGCCUUCGCCCGCGCGCCUCGCAGCUCCACUCCGCUCGGCUCGGGCACCGGCGGCGAGCCCGGGGAGCGCGAGCGGCGGGGGACCGCGCGUCCUCGGAGCGGUGGCCUUCGGGCGCCCCCGGCAGUCCCGCUAGGCCGAGCGCAUCCCGGAGGCGGCAGCAGCGACGCCUCUCAGCCGCUCGCCCUGCCACGGGGCCGCCCGGGGACUUGCUCCCCAGCCGGGCCUCCGAUCCUCGUCGCUUUCCAGCCUCUCCGGGGGCCCCUCGGCGUCUCCCCUCCCCUCCGCCUCUGA